CUUUAAGAGAGUCACCUGACAGAGACGGAAAAACCCCCCGAUGGAGGAAGCAGGAAGUCGGUCUGCCAAGAAGGAGAGCACAUAAACAAUACGCCAAGAGCAGAACAGAAAGUCACACACAAAGUCUCACCUGUACAUCGCAAUGGCCGGCAUCAAAGCACUCGUUGGUCUGUCCUUCAGUGGUGCCAUUGGACUUACGUUUCUUCUCCUGGGUUGUGCACUGGAACAGUACGGGGUAUACUGGCCGCUGUUUGUCCUGAUUUUCUACGUAAUUAGCCCCAUCCCGACCUUCAUAUCUAGACGCCUCAGUGAUGACACUGACUCCUCCAGCAAUGCAUGCAGAGAGCUGGCCUACUUCGUAACAACUGGCAUCGUGAUAUCAUCUUUUGGGCUUCCCAUUGUGCUAGCCCGCACUAAAGCAAUCCAGUGGGGUGCCUGCGGUUUGGUGAUGACAGGAAACGCUGUUAUCUUCCUCACCAUCCUUGGCUUUUUUGUUGUGUUUGGAGGCGGGGACGACUUUAGUUGGGAGCAGUGGUAGAAUGCCUGUAGAAAGUGGACAGAUGGAAGGACAGAUGGAUGGAUGGAUGGAUGGGUAGGUGGAUAGUUGAACGGCACCUGCACUCAAUAGGGGACAGUAGAGUAUAAAUGUCAAAUUUACUGGGUACAUUUUCAGGCUGAUUGUUAUGUUAGCGAGGUGUUGGGGUCAAGACAACACUAUGUACCCUAUUAAUGUGCCUUAUGUCUGGGAUCAGAGAGACACUGAUGCCUGUACCCCUUUUUAAGUUGUAACUCCAUCACUAUCCACCUUAACCCGGGUAUUUUAGCUUGUCUCGCCUUUGUUUGAACCCCCAAAUCACCCUGCUCACUGCAGUUGCCUGCUUUUUCAUUCAACUUCAGUUAAUCAAUAUUAUAAAGGGAUCCUGAAGAGUAACUCUUUUGUAAUAUACAAACGCAUAUGCAAUGCUCUCUGCAUGACCUGUACUCAUUGUUCAAGGGGGGGAAGUAGCUAUACUAAAUUAUGGCUUGCUUAUUAUGAGCACUUUUUUUGCUGUUUAAAGUGUAAAGGCAGGGCAGGUUAUCUUAAUCCAUGCUAUUUCACAACUAGUUGUAGGACUCCUAAUCAGGUUAAGAUAUAUUUGUAUGGAGGUGAUGUGUUUGUUUGUUUGUUUGUUUGUUUUUCAUUUUGUUAAGAUUUAAAGCCUUACUUUUUGUUCUGGUGCAAUCGUUUACAUUCUCACCAAAGAUCAUUUUAGAGUGCAAAUGUUGAGCAUAUUCACUGCCGAACUGUGGGUUUUGAUCUGUGCUAGGCAGCAACACGAUCCUCAAAAGCAAGAUGAGGCACUUGACAAGGCGUUGUUUAGUGAGUAUCACACAUCUAAGUGUGUGAACAGGCCACAGAAAUGACCCAUAUCUGUUUUAUAUUCCUGCAGACCACACGAAAAUUCAUCCUAUUGAGCAGCAGUAAUGUGUGGAUCCUAUUUUCUUUUUACAUGCUGAAUGGUAAACACAGUACAUGUACAGUAUAUUUUUAGGCCAUGUGUUUUUGUCCUAGAGGAGAGGGCUUUACCUGCAAACUCAUCCAUAAGUGCCUGUCAUUCACAGUGCGUAUUCUGAAUUAUAGACAAAUCACUGUGACUUUCUUGUGUGGUUCGUCAUCAGGAGAUAAAAUCUGUAAAAAUCAAUCCUCUAUUUUUCAUCAUUGUCUGUAACUGACUAUUAAUGAGAUUUUGUAUGAGUGGCCCACUUCAUAGAGACUAUCUCCAAAAAUUCUAUUUAGUGUCCUAGUCAAUUUCUGAUUUAUUAAAUAUUAAACUGUUUCACAACUGACAUGUUCACUAGAGAAAGCUUGUCCUUUCCAAUGUGACUCCCACACUAAUGAGUGCUGAAGAGUUCUCAAAGGUUAUUUUAUAAGCUCCUGACUGCAUUUUGUUUUCUAACAUUGAUUAAAUCUCUCUGUAUAAACAUGUG